UCUAUGUCACCACUAGGUGUUACAGGCGUCAGAUUAAGGGAAACAAGAAUAACACAAUCGCAUCUUGUGCGGUCGUUGAUGAAGCAGUAUUCAAAAACAGUAUUUGCAAUGUUUUGGUACUAAUUUUCCGUGAGUUAUUUAACCAAGCAACAAACAUACACGCGUUGCAGAAAAUAAGGAGAUAAUGGACUACUGCAAAGACCAUCUAAAAGCUGACUGUGAGCAGCUGCUGAGUCGCUUUCAACAGUCAAAAACGGUGCGAUACGAGCAGUUUCUAACGAUAUGGAAAGACAUGAAGUUCCAAAGUAUUUUCUAUGGAAACAUGGAAUGCCAUCUAAAGAGGCUGUUCAGCCGUGAAGUUCUGGCUACUGCCUACACGUACAUUCUGCCUCCUUACACUUUUCAAAUUAGAGUCGGAGCUUUGUACCUGCUCUAUGGCCUAUACCACUGCCAACUGUGUACACCAAGAGAAAAGAUAAGGCUAGCCCUGAAGGACUGGGAGGAAGUGAUGAAGUUCAAGCAGGAUGCUGUUAGUGCCAAGCACUUUGAUGUAGUCUACAUCCUCAAACAGCUCAUCUCACAAAAAGCCUUCUACUUUACAGCUAUGCCCAUGCCACUGGUUUUCAAUGUUAAGAAGAGCAACAAGAAUUCAAGAAUGGUGUGUGAGGAUUUUGUUGAGACGACGGCACGGCCACAGGAGCUUGUCAGCACAGACGUUCUAGAGGAGCUGGCGAACAUACAUGAGCACUAUGAGCAGGUAAAGGUAUCAAUUUCAGCCACGCCAGGCCAGCCAGACCCAUGCAUCAAUCUGACCCACAAGAACCUGGUGCCACGGCUACACAACACUGUAAUGGGAUUCUACAGGUGGCAGAAGGAUCAGAGGUCAGCAGAGAAAGGAGAGGGGGAAUGUGGAGAUGGUGCCGAGGGAACUUCAAAUAGACAAGAGAGUUCCCAGCGAGCUCAGCUUCUUGCAUCCAUCAAAUCUAAAUCAUAUGGACAGAUAGUGGAGGCUUCCAAGGCCCGGCGACACCGGCAGGUGGGGAGGGAUGAGACAUUGCCAUCUGAGAUGACCUCGCCCAAUAAGAGGAGAGUCAAGUCGCUCAAACAAAGGACAAGUCAUCUGACGCAAGGUGCUGCAAAGCAGGAGGCCACCACUCCUUGGUGCAUGAGUCUACGUGAAUCUCAAGAAACAACAAAAAAGAAAAAGUUCAAGAAAUUUAAAUGGUGACUUUAAAGAAGAGGG